UCCCCCCCUUUCUCUCUCUCUCGCUCUCUCUACAUGACAGCAUAACAUAUACUUACAAAUUCCUAUUUGUAUAGUAAUUUUCUUUCUCUUUCUGCGGUACUUAUUUGUCAUAGACCUCCCCCUGUUUGAUCCCAAAAAUAUGCUCUCUCUCUCUCUCUCUCUUUCUCUCUCUCCAGCAUGUUAGGUGUUGCUGACUAAGCUUUCUCUGUUUUAGUCAUAGACGCUCACUACAUAUCAUCAUCAUUGUCAAGCUUUCACAGUUUGAUUUUGUAUGCAUUCAUUCAUUUAUUCAUUCAUAAAGCACUAAGUGUGUGGAGGAGGUUUAAGCUGGAGUUUGAAGGAUAUGGUUUUGGAAGCAAUGUUCAAUUCAGGCUGGCCUGCUAUCGCAAAUUUUCAGAUUCUUCAGUAUGAAUCAGGAUGGCCACAGCUAAUCUCACCCUGCUUUUGGGACAAUGCCAGCAUACUUCUGCAACUAGGGUUCCUUGGAAUCAUGCUACUUCACUUUGUGUGGAAAACUGUGGAAUCAUUAUGCAAACACAGGAAACAAGUAACAGGUGUAGAAAAAUACCCCGAUGGCAUGAAAUUUGGCCUCUGUUACAAAGUCAGCAUAGCUUGCUCCGUUUUAUUGUUGGGAACUCAUAUCAUGAUGUUGCUGACACUGCAAAAUAGAAAUGGAGCACAAUGCAAAGCUGAAGUCACAGUUCUUUCAUCAGAGAUCAUGCAAGUUAUAAUAUGGGCAAUUACAUUGUUCGCACUAUACCAGAUUGCCAAUAAAAAGUACAUCAAAUUCCCGUGGAUUCUAAGAGCCUGGUGGGCUUGCAGCUUCUUGCUGUCUCUUGUCCACACAGCUCUUGAUGCCCAUUUCAUUAUUACAAACCACGAGCACCUCAGAGUACAAAAUUUCGCUGAAUUGCUUGGUCUUCUUGCAUCCACCAUCCUACUGGGUAUUUCAAUUCCAGGGAAGACGGGGGUUGUCUUCAACAUCCCAAAUGGCAUCACAGACCCACUUCUCAAUGGCAAAGAUGAAAAGAAUUCAGAAAGCACAAGGAACUGUCUAUAUGGAAAAGCUACUCUAUUCCAACUCGUUACCUUCUCUUGGCUGAAUCCGUUGUUUGCAGUUGGAGUAAAAAAACCCCUCAACCAGGAUGAAGUCCCCGAUGUUUACAUCAGGGAUUCUGCUCGAUUUCUAUCGCAUGCCUUUGAUGAAAACCUAAAACAUGUCAAGGAAAGAGAUGGAACGAUAAUGCCAUCUAUCUACAAGGCGAUGUUUGUGUUUAUUAGGAAGAAAGCAGCAAUUAAUGCAUUUUUUGCAGUGAUAAGUGCAGCAGCAUCAUAUGUUGGCCCAUACCUUAUUGACGGCUUUGUGAAUUUCCUAAACGAAAAGAAAACCCAAAGUUUAGCAAGUGGAUACCUUAUUGCACUAGGUUUUCUGGGUGCCAAAAUAGUUGAGACAACAGCACAGAGACAAUGGAUUUUUGGGGCUCGCCAGCUAGGCCUUCGGCUGAGAGUUGCUCUGACAUCUCAAAUAUACAAAAAGGGCCUCCUAUUAUCAAGCCAAUCUCGCCAAAGCCGAACCAGUGGAGAGAUCAUCAACUACAUGAGCGUGGAUGUCCAACGAAUCACAGACUUUGUCUGGUACUUGAACACUGUCUGGCAGUUGCCUAUACAAAUUUCCUUAGCUAUCUUUAUUUUACGCACAACUCUAGGACUAGGGUCACUGGUGGCAUUAGCUACAACUUUGACAGUGAUGGCUUUAAAUAUACCACUGACAAGAAUUCAGAAAAGAUACCAGUCUAAGAUCAUGGAAGCCAAGGAUGAAAGAAUGAAAGCCACUUCAGAAGUUCUGCGAAACAUUAAGGUUCUCAAACUUCAAGCAUGGGAUAAUCAAUAUCUUCACAAACUAGAAAGCCUGAGGAGAACAGAAUACAAUAGCAUAUGGAAGUCAUUGAGAUUGUCAGCAACAACAACUUUUAUCUUCUGGGGAACACCAACGCUUAUUUCUGUACUGACUUUUGGGGGAUGUGUUUUAAUGGGGAUUCCACUAACGGCUGGGCGAGUCCUGUCUGCAUUAGCAACAUUCCGAAUGUUACAAGACCCCAUAUUCAAUCUACCUGAUUUACUCUCUACAAUUGCUCAGGGAAAAGUCUCAGCAGAUAGAAUAGCAUCUUUCCUCCAAGAAGAUGAAAUUAAGUUGAAUGCCAUUGACUUUGUUCCAAAAGAUCAAACAGAAUUUGAAGUUGAAAUCAAUGGCGGAACAUUUAGUUGGGAUGCCGAAUCGAGAAACCCAACUCUUGAUGGAAUACAGUUACAAGUGAAGAGGGGAAUGAAGGUAGCAAUUUGUGGCACGGUAGGAUCAGGGAAGUCCAGUUUGCUCUCAUGCGUAUUAGGAGAGAUGACAAAACUGUCAGGCACAGUGAAAAUCAGCGGUACAAAGGCUUACGUUCCCCAGUCCCCAUGGAUACUUUCAGGGAAUGUCAAAGAUAAUAUUCUCUUUGGGAACCCAUAUGAUAGCGCCAACUAUGACAGAACAAUCAAAGCAUGUGCUUUGAUAAAGGAUUUUGAGCUAUUCUCUGCUGGUGACUUAACACAGAUUGGAGAAAGAGGAAUAAAUAUGAGUGGUGGACAGAAGCAAAGGAUACAAAUUGCUCGUGCAGUGUAUCAGGAUGCUGACAUAUAUCUGCUUGAUGACCCUUUCAGCGCCGUGGAUGCCCAUACGGGCUCACAACUCUUUGAGGACUGCCUUAUGGGGAUUCUCAAGGAAAAGACUAUACUUUAUGUUACUCACCAAGUCGAGUUCCUUCCUGCAGCUGACCUCAUUUUGGUGAUGAAAAAUGGAAGAAUCUCACAAGCUGGAACAUUUGAUGAACUUAUGAAACAGAAUAUUGGAUUUGAGAUUUUGGUUGGAGCUCAUAGCCAAGCUCUAGAAUCUGUCCUAACAGUCGAAAGUUCAAGUAGAGCAUCUCAAAAUGAAAUACCUGAUGAUGAAUCCAGUGCAGAACUUCUAUACACUAAGCAUGAGUCAGAGCAGAAUCUGUGCAUAGUAGAAAUAGCAGAAAACGAUGCAAAAUUGGUGAAGGAUGAAGAGAGAGAGAAAGGAAGCAUUGGAAAAGAAGUUUAUUGGUCUUACCUGACAAUUGUGAAGGGUGGCGCCUUAAUUCCAAUCAUUGUUCUGACCCAGACAACAUUCCAAGUAUUACAAAUAGCAAGUAACUAUUGGAUGGCAUCGGCUUGUCCAACCACAGGUGGCACUGAACUAAUAACAGGGAUGAAUAUCAUUUUACUUGUUUAUACACUUCUUGCUGUUGGAAGUUCACUUUGUGUGCUGGUUCGAGCCAUGCUAGUGGCAGUAGCAGGAAUUAUGACAUCACAAAAGCUCUUUACCAACAUGCUGCGUAGUGUCCUACAUGCUCCGAUGUCAUUUUUUGAUUCAACCCCAACUGGAAGAAUCUUAAAUCGGGCAUCUACAGACCAAAGUGUAGUAGACUUGGAGAUGGCAAACAGAUUAGGUUGGUGCGCUUUCUCAAUAAUUCAGCUUUUGGGGACCAUCGCUGUCAUGUCACAGGUAGCAUGGGAAGUAUUUGCAAUCUUCAUUCCAGUAACAGCAAUCUGCAUAUGGUACCAACGAUAUUACAUACCAACUGCAAGAGAACUGGGCCGCUUAUCAGGGAUACAACUAGCUCCAAUCCUCCACCACUUUGGAGAAUCACUAUCAGGAGCAGCAACAAUCCGCGCUUUUGACCAAAAAGAUCGCUUCAUUGAUAAAAAUCUCAGCCUUAUUGACAACCACUCAAGGUCAUGGUUCCAUAAUGUGUCAGCAAUGGAAUGGCUCUCUUUCAGACUGAACCAGUUAUCUAAUUUUGUUUUUGCCUUCUCAUUGGUUUUGCUUGUCACCCUGCCGGAAGGAAUUAUCAAUCCCAGCAUUGCAGGGUUGGCGGUAACAUAUGGAAUUAAUCUUAAUGUCCAGCAAGCUUCAGUUAUAUGGAAUAUAUGCAAUGCAGAAAAUAAAAUGAUAUCAGUUGAAAGAAUUUUUCAGUAUUCAAAAAUUCCCAGUGAAGCACCUUUGGUGAUUGAAGAUUGCAGACCACCAAAUAACUGGCCAGAUUUUGGAACAAUUUGUUUCAGAAACUUGCAGAUUCGUUAUGCUGAGCAUCUCCCAUCAGUAUUGAAACAUAUUACCUGCACAUUUCCGGGAAGGAAGAAGGUUGGUGUUGUGGGAAGGACAGGGAGUGGGAAAUCAACCCUCAUACAGGCUAUUUUUCGGAUUGUUGAACCAAAAGAGGGGAGCAUUAUCAUUGACGAUGUCGAUAUUUCCAAGAUAGGACUUCAUGAUUUGAGAUCAAGGCUUAGCAUCAUACCACAGGACCCAACGAUGUUUGAGGGUACAGUUAGAGGAAACCUUGACCCACUAGAGCAAUACUCUGACAACAAAAUAUGGGAGGUUCUCGACAAAUGCCAACUAGGUGAUCUAGUGCGGGCAAAGGAAGAGAAGCUAGAUUCUACAGUGGUUGAAAAUGGAGAAAAUUGGAGUGUGGGCCAAAGGCAGUUAAUCUGUCUUGGAAGAGCUUUGCUAAAGAGAAGCACUAUUCUUGUUCUAGAUGAAGCAACAGCAUCAGUUGAUUCUGCAACUGACGGAGUGAUACAAAAGAUUAUUAGUCAAGAGUUCAGAGAUCGAACAAUUGUCACAAUAGCUCACAGAAUCCACACCGUCAUAGAUAGUGAUCUUGUAUUGAUCCUUAGUGACGGAAGAAUAGCAGAGUUCGACACACCAGCGAAACUACUGGAAAGAGAUGAUUCUUUCUUCUCAAGAUUGAUAAAGGAGUACUCCAUAAGAUCACAAGGUUUCAAUGGCUUGCCAAAGUUACAUAACUGAAUCUAAUUCCCACAGUAUUCAGAUUUAAACUUGCAGGGCCGUCCCAUAUAAGAGAGAUUAUCAGCUAAAGGUGAGGCAUCAGCAACACGAGAUGAAUCAACAACCUGGAGUGAAGUAGCGUCCAUCUUAGUAGGGGUUCUACAAUGAAGCCCCCAAAUCAUUCUUCAUUAUGAUUCAACAUCUUUGAGGCUUCGAUAUUGAUGAUAAACAAAAUAAAAAACAAUAAUAAUAAAAAAAGAUACUCUUCAUAAGUUUAUAUGAGAUCUACUAAGAUAUUGUCAGCGAAUUUUCAGCAUAAAUUUUGCCUAGUAAUUAAAUUUACAAUAAAUUUGUGCAAUCUACGUAGCGUAGAUUCUUCAAAAUGAGCCAAGAAUGUCUCGAAUUCUAAACAUUUAGAGGUUUUGUUAUGACAUUGUGGAAAGUAAACUUUUUGGUCAGUUGUAAAUCAUUAAUUAAAAAUUCCUAAAUAGUAUACAA